GGAAGUCGCUUCACCGUAUCCUAGAUACGGUUGCUAUGACACUCACGUUUGUUUUUAUUCUCCUCUCGGCCAUGUUUUCAAGCAUCUACUUUACCGAUCAAUUAUUUUUCUUAAAUAUCGCUCUUAUCUAACAUUAUUUCAGCUUGGAUGAAUAGUUUCUAGUUUGAACAAUGAGCUCAGUUUUGCCGACUCAGAAAGAGUCUUUAAACGGCACCUACACCUUCUCAAGUCGCCCGAGACCAGCCCAGAACCGCUCGAAAUACAGAGAAAACCCAGCAGAGACCAAUGAAAGACACACAAAUUAUGGAAACAUCAUGUAUGACCGUCGUGUUGUCAGAGGAAACACGUAUGCACAACAGAUUAUACCAAUUCCUGCCCCUGCAGAUCGCGCUGAGAUAGAGCAACGGGAGGCCCACAAGAGAGCCAUGGCUCGUAAACGUGCCCGAGCGCAGCUGAGAUCCAAGACCCCGGACGCCAUCCCAGGCAGAAGCCACGUUGAUGUACAAACGGAACUUUAUCUGGAGGAACUGAGCGAUCACAUAGAGGCCACCAACGUGGACUGUCAGACAGACGCAUUCCUUGACAAGCCACCUACACCGCUCUUUGUACCUGCAAAGACGGGCAAAGAUGUAGCCACGCAGAUCAAGGAUGGAGAGCUGUUUGACUUUGACGUGGAGGUGAGGCCAGUGUUGGAGGUGCUGGUGGGGAAGACCAUGGAGCAGUCCCUGCUGGAGGUGAUGGAGGAGGAGGAGAUGGCGAGCCUGCGGGCGCAGCAGCGGUCCUUCCAGGAGCUCCGCGACGCCGAGCUGGCCGAGGUGCAGCGGCUGGAGGAGCAGGAGCGCCGCCGCCGCGAGGAGAAGGGGCGUAGGAUUGCUCAGCAGCGCGAGGUGCUGGAGAAAGAAAGGGAAACGGCGGAGAAGGUUGCGGCAUGGGCGUUCACCCAGCACUACCUGGCUGACCUCCUGGCGUCCGUGUACACCGCGUUGGGGGACCACGGCUACUUCUACGACCCUGUGGAGAAAGAUAUUGAGACCAGUUUUUUCCCGUGGUUGAUGGAUGAAGUGAGCCACAACCUGGAAAAGAGUUAUGUAGCAAGAGACCUCCUCGACACGCUCAUCCUUGAAGUUACGCAGAAGAGAGUGGAUGGCUUCCAAGAGCUAGACUCGUGAAGAAUUACAUUUUAACUUGAAGAAUAUAUCUUGAAUAACGUGAUAAACUCGUUUGGUAUCGACAUCAAUACUUGACUUUGUUCAUUUCCUGAAAUUAUUACUCUCAGUGUAGGUUAUACAAUGAGUCAAAUUAGUUAAUUGUUAGAAAGAUGACUAUAAAAAGCCAAAUCAAAACAAUCCAUGAAAGCAGAUAAGAAUCCUAAAAAGUUAUAUCAGCUUAUUUAUAUUCAGCCUAGUAGCCUAUAACUGUAACCUAAGCAAUCAACGCAGUCGUAUUUUUAGCUAAACAUUGUUCAACGCAAACGCCCUCGGGUAUCUGAAUGCGUCAGUGGCCACCCGUGAAUUUGACUUGCACGGUCUGUAUUUGCGUGCGUCCUCCUGAUACAUCGCCGGGCAGUAGGCUACGUUUGUUAUUUGGUUUUCAGUCGUGCAUCAUUAAUUUCUCUUUGACAGAGAGGCUAACAGUAAUGUCAAAUGGUAACUUUUAUUGAACUAUUUUCUAUAGGCUAAGCUUAUCAUAAACGUUUCAAAUGCAGACGGAUUACCAUUUAAACAGUCCUAAAUAAACUUGACGUGACCAGUAGGUAGGGCUUCAAGUUCGUGACUCAGAACGAGACAAAAGUAUGAUAAGAGUAGCCUACAGUGGUACUGUUCACGCCACGUCCUCUCGUUUGGUUUAGACGCAAAUCUUUGCGCGGAACUAGGUCUCAUCUCUGAUAUAUACGGCUCUAUUUUAAUCCUGUCAAACCAUUGGCCAGUAGAAACACCUCCCAUUUAAUCGGCACUUCCUUGGUUCUCAGUGUUUGUAGAUGCAAUGUUUGUGUGACGCAGCCGCCCGUACGGAAUUGUAAUUGAUGUUAGUAUAGGCAACAACAGUACCCUAUUGUUCAUUAUAGUGUUUCUUGCUCACUGCCUAUUUUAUUAUUAGGAUAGAUAAAGCUAUUCUAUAAGUUAAGAAUGCAAUUAGAAACAGCCUUUUUUAUUAUUAUUUUCACACAUUACUCUUGAUAAAUGAACAUCUAGCACAUGAUGUUAUGUACGUAGACAAUCAUCACUUUAUAAAUAAUAAUAAUAAUAAUAAUAUUAAUAUAUAGGCUAAUAAUAAUAUAAUAUUUUUAUUUUUAUUCUAAUAAAAAAGUAAGUAGGCCUAUUGCACCUGGCUCAAACAGAGAGACCGCGCAAUUACAAAGAUUGUUAAGAUUGGAAUUUUAAUUAUUCACCAGAUAUACCUGUAGGAUGGUCUAUUGAUGCACUACAUUCAUUUAUCCUAUAGGUGA